AUGUCCGACGCCGACUUCGAUACGAUUAGAAAGCUUCAGGCGGAGCGGAACCUCAGCUCUGCGGGUAAGAAGGGAUCGAAGGCGUUUGACUCCUCGAAUCAGCGAACUGAUGGCUCUACCAAGGCGUUCCUGACGGAAAGCUUCGAUACCACCAUCUACGAACGCGAUGGAGGUGACAAAUUUGCUGGCUACAAUACUUCUAUUGCUGUGGCUGAUGGGGACGAUGAUGAGGAUAUGGAAGGGGCAGAGGAUAAUAGCAGGCGGCUGGUCGGCCAGUAUACAGCUACAAGCAGCCAGAUGAACGAGUUCUCCCACGGAAAUGGAGUAGAGGAAGAGGACAUCCUUCUGGGUCGGGAGAAAAGCGCGCGAAUCGCCGAUCGCGAAUCCGAUUACCAGAAAAAACGGUUCAAUCGAGCCCUCACCCCAACCAGAGCUGAUCCUUUCGCAGCCGACAGACAAGCGAGCGACGCGGGAGAUGGCGAUAGCUAUCGCGAGGUCAUGGCGAGGAGGGAACUUGAGAAAGAGGAGGAGCGGGUCCAAAGAGCGAUCGAGGAAAAGGCGGCAAACGGGGAAGGGGUUCACCACGAGGCUACGCUCAAUAAAAAUGGAAGUGGCUCACCACGCGAUAAGGAGAACAGGGAAACUGGCUCUAUGGAUGUUGUCAGUGCUGGCCGCAAGAGAAAACAACGUUGGGAUGUUGCCUCUGAACCCACGGAGACUGCUUCUCAACCCUCAGAGACGAAGACUAAGCGCUCAAGAUGGGACCAAACACCAAGCAUUGGAGGAAUACCAGCUGUGGAAGAGACGCCCAGAAAGAGAUCUCGCUGGGAUCAAGCCCCUGCUGCAACACCUAUUGGAAAUCAGGGACUGGUUACUCCAAUGCACCCUUCCCAGACUGGGGGCCCUGUUAUGCCCAACGCAUUCGGAACCGAUAUUUCAAUGCGAAAUGCCUGGCUAUCAGACGAAGAACUGGAUUUGAUGCUACCAAGCGAAGGCUACAAGAUUCUCGAGCCCCCGCCUGGAUAUGCACCCAUUAGAACUGCCGCCCAAAAGCUCAUGGCAACCCCGGCUCCAGCAACCGGCUCAGGUGGUUUCGGAGGAUUCAUGAUGCAGGAUCCGGACAGUGCAAGAACCGGUGGUAAACAGCUUCCUAACGAGAUUCCUGGGGUUGGAGAUCUUCAAUUCUUCAAGGCCGAGGAUAUGGCCUACUUUGGCAAACUCACGGAUGGAAGCGACGAGAACACCAUGACAGUGGAGGAGCUAAAGGAGCGAAAAAUUAUGAGAUUGCUAUUGAAGGUUAAGAACGGCACCCCACCAAUGCGUAAGACAGCCCUCCGUCAACUCACGGACAACGCUCGCCAAUUUGGUGCUGGACCCCUUUUCAACCAAAUUCUCCCGCUACUUAUGGAGAAAACCUUGGAGGAUCAAGAGAGACAUUUGCUUGUGAAGGUCAUUGAUCGCGUGCUCUACAAGCUUGAUGAGCUUGUUCGGCCUUACGUCCACAAGAUUCUGGUCGUCAUAGAACCAUUGCUCAUCGAUCAAGACUACUAUGCCAGAGUGGAAGGACGAGAAAUCAUUUCCAACCUCAGCAAAGCCGCUGGUCUUGCAUACAUGAUUAGUACAAUGCGACCGGAUAUCGAUCACGUUGACGAAUAUGUUCGAAACACCACGGCAAGAGCGUUCGCUGUCGUCGCUUCCGCUCUUGGCAUACCCGCCCUUCUUCCGUUCCUGAGAGCUGUGUGUCGAAGCAAGAAAUCAUGGCAAGCAAGACACACAGGAGUCAAGAUCGUUCAGCAAAUUCCUAUUUUGAUGGGCUGUGCAGUGCUCCCUCAUCUCAAAGGCCUCGUUGAUUGCAUCGGUGGCUGCCUCAAUGAUGACCAGACUAAAGUACGAACUGUGACCAGUUUGGCUAUCGCAGCGCUGGCUGAGGCCGCCAGCCCUUACGGUAUCGAGAGCUUUGAGGACAUUCUGCACCCCUUAUGGACCGGAGCCAAGCGACAGCGCGGGAGAGGUCUUGCGGGUUUCCUCAAAGCUGUGGGGUACAUUAUACCUCUUAUGGAUGAAGAAUUUGCCAACUACUACACUGGCCAAAUCUUGGAAAUUCUCUUACGGGAAUUUUCAUCCCCGGACGAGGAGAUGAAAAAGGUGGUUCUGAAGGUGGUGUCUCAAUGUUCCAGUACCGAUGGGGUAACAUCGGGUUAUCUCAAAGAGAAUCUUUUGGACGAGUUUUUUAAGUGCUUUUGGGUACGACGAAUGGCGCUAGACAAGCGCAACUACCGUCAAGUUGUCGAGACCACGGUAGACCUGGGUCAGAAGGUUGGAGUCAGCGAGAUCGUGGAAAGGAUCGUGAACAACCUCAAAGAUGAAAGCGAGGCUUAUCGAAAAAUGACCGUGGAGACCAUUGAAAAAGUCGUUGCAAGCUUAGGGGCGGCUGACAUAGGGGAGCGGUUGGAGGAACGUCUCAUCGAUGGAAUCCUAGUUUCGUUCCAGGAGCAGAGUGUGGAAGAUAUCGUGAUGCUGAACGGUUUUGGCACUGUCGUCAAUGCAUUGGGCACCCGGUGCAAGCAGUAUCUUCCUCAAAUCGUCAGCACCAUUCUCUACCGCCUCAAUAAUAAAUCCGCAACCGUUCGACAGCAAUCCGCCGACCUGAUCUCACGAAUCGCUAUGGUCAUGAAGCAAUGCGGCGAAGAUGCGCUGAUGGCCAAGUUGGGUGUUGUACUGUACGAAUACCUUGGAGAAGAGUAUCCUGAGGUUCUGGGGUCCAUCCUCGGUGCUUUGCGGUCCAUUGUUUCGGUCGUCGGCAUCAAUCAGAUGCAACCACCAAUCAAGGAUCUCCUCCCACGCCUGACCCCUAUCCUCCGAAAUCGACACGAAAAGUGCCAGGAAAACUGCGUCGACUUGGUCGGACGGAUUGCAGACCGUGGCCCCGAGAGUGUCAACGCACGCGAAUGGAUGCGAAUCUGCUUUGAGCUGCUGGACAUGUUGAAGGCUCACAAGAAGGGUAUCCGAAGAGCAGCGAACAACACGUUCGGUUUCAUCGCCAAGGCCAUCGGUCCGCAGGAUGUGUUGGCUACCCUCCUCAACAAUCUCCGUGUGCAGGAACGUCAAUCUCGAGUCUGCACAGCUGUUGCCAUUGGUAUCGUUGCGGAGACGUGUGCGCCGUUCACAGUUCUGCCGGCGCUCAUGAACGAAUACCGAGUGCCGGAACUGAACGUCCAGAACGGUGUUCUCAAGUCGCUUUCCUUCCUCUUCGAAUACAUUGGAGAAAUGGCCAAAGACUACGUCUAUGCUGUUACACCACUGCUCGAAGACGCUCUCAUCGACCGUGACCAGGUCCAUCGCCAAACGGCUGCCGCGGUCGUCAAGAGUUGCGCUCUCGGGGUCGUGGGUCUCGGAUGCGAGGAUGCGAUGGUCCAUCUCCUCAAUCUCCUGUGGCCCAAUCUGUUCGAGACGAGUCCCCAUGUUAUUGACCGCAUCAUCGAGGCUAUUGAGGCUAUCCGGAUGGCGGUUGGGCCCGGAAUCGUCAUGAACUACAUCUACGCCGGACUGAUGCACCCAGCACGCAAGGUCCGGGAGCCUUACUGGAAGAUCUACCGAUCCACCUACGUCCAGGUGGCAGAUGCCAUGGUCCCUUACUACCCGAACUUGGAUGACGAGAAGAUGCACAGACCAGAGCUGGCAAUCUUCAUUUGA